AGCAGCUCUCUUCUCACCCAGCAGCACAAUCAGACACAGCUCACAAAAUGUGUGAUGCAUUUGUAGGCACCUGGAAACUGGUCUCCAGUGAAAACUUUGAUGAGUACAUGAAAGAAGUGGGAGUGGGCUUCGCCACCCGGAAAGUGGCAGGCAUGGCCAAGCCCAACCUGAUCAUCAGUGUGAACGGGGAUGUCAUCACCAUUAAAUCAGAAAGCACCUUUAAAAAUACCGAGAUUUCCUUCAAACUGGGCCAGGAAUUUGAUGAAAUCACUCCAGAUGACAGGAAAGUCAAGAGCAUCAUCAGCUUAGAAGGGGGUGUGCUGGUCCAGGUGCAGAAGUGGGAUGGAAAAUCAACCACCAUUCGGAGAAAACGAGUGGAUGACAAAGUGGUCGUGGAAUGUGUCAUGAAAGGCAUCACUUCCACCAGAGUUUACGAGCGAGCAUGAGCUACGGGACACGGAGCUGGACUGAAGCUUCCAUCAGAUUCGACAGCAUUCUGUCAGAUGUAUUGUUCAAACAGAUAAUGUCGUUUCGACUAAUGAGCAAGCAACUAAUUUCCCCCCCAAACCGAUUUUGUUCAAUAUGGCAGGGUUGGUUAAAUAAACAUUUUUUAGAUUUA